UCUAAAUAGGGGAGUGAGAGAGUGAUACUGAGUAAAAGAAAAAAAAAACAAAACCAAAACAUCAUUUCUUCUCGCACUCUUCACCUGCUCUCCAAUGGACGAAAGACCCGAGACAGAGCUCAUAUCAAUACCAGCCACACCACGAGUUUCAACACCGGAGAUUCUUACUCCUUCCGGCCAAAGAUCACCUCGUCCGGCCACCAAACCAUCGUCGGCGACAUGGACUCCGACCUCUUUCAUAUCUCCGAGGUUCUUGAGCCCGAUUGGUACACCUAUGAAACGAGUUCUUGUCAAUAUGAAAGGGUAUCUUGAAGAUGUUGGUCACCUCACUAAGCUUAACCCACAAGACGCUUGGCUCCCAAUCACUGAGUCUCGUAAUGGAAACGCUUACUACGCUGCGUUUCACAAUCUGAACGCUGGUGUUGGUUUCCAAGCCCUUGUUCUUCCCGUCGCGUUUGCGUUUCUUGGCUGGAGUUGGGGAAUACUCUCUUUGACAAUAGCCUAUUGUUGGCAACUAUACACUCUGUGGAUUCUAGUUCAGUUACACGAAGCUGUCCCCGGGAAACGCUACAAUCGAUAUGUCGAGCUAGCACAAGCUGCAUUUGGAGAAAGGUUGGGAGUUUGGCUUGCACUGUUUCCCACGGUUUACUUAUCAGCGGGAACCGCGACAGCGCUGAUUCUGAUCGGUGGAGAGACAAUGAAACUCUUCUUCCAAAUAGUUUGCGGUCCAUUAUGCACCUCGAACCCUUUAACAACAGUCGAAUGGUAUUUGGUGUUUACAUCUCUAUGCAUCGUUCUGUCUCAGCUUCCAAACCUCAAUUCGAUUGCGGGACUCUCCUUGAUAGGAGCAGUGACAGCAAUAACUUAUUCCACAAUGGUUUGGGUUCUCUCUGUGAGCCAACCAAGACCAGCCACUAUCUCAUACGAGCCUCUUUCUAUGCCUUCAACUUCUGGUUCGCUCUUCGCGGUUUUGAAUGCUCUUGGCAUUAUAGCUUUUGCCUUUAGAGGUCACAACUUGGUUUUGGAAAUUCAGUCGACAAUGCCAUCUACGUUUAAGCAUCCAGCUCAUGUACCAAUGUGGAGAGGAGCCAAGAUAUCUUACUUCUUCAUUGCUCUGUGUAUCUUUCCAAUCUCCAUUGGAGGCUUUUGGGCUUAUGGGAACCUUAUGCCUUCAGGAGGUAUGCUUGCUGCUUUAUAUGCAUUCCAUAUUCAUGACAUUCCAAGAGGCUUGUUAGCGACAGCGUUUCUACUAGUUGUCUUCAGCUGUCUGAGCAGCUUUCAGAUAUACUCGAUGCCCGCCUUUGACAGUUUUGAGGCUGGCUACACAAGCCGAACCAACAAACCUUGUUCGAUAUGGGUCAGAUCAGGUUUCCGAGUCUUUUUCGGUUUUGUCUCGUUUUUCAUCGGUGUUGCUCUCCCUUUCCUGUCUAGUCUCGCGGGUUUGCUCGGUGGACUCACGCUCCCGGUCACAUUUGCUUAUCCUUGCUUUAUGUGGGUAUUGAUUAAGAAACCAGCGAAAUACAGUUUCAAUUGGUAUUUCCAUUGGGGUUUGGGUUGGUUGGGAGUUGCAUUUAGCUUGGCAUUCUCCAUUGGUGGGAUCUGGAGUAUGGUUACAAAUGGACUUAAGCUCAAGUUCUUCAAGCCACCUAACUAAGUAGUAAUAGCAUAUGUUUGUUUGGUUGGCAUGUUUGAAGUUUUAAGAGAUUUUGUAUUGUCUGUGUUUUGUUUAAGAGUGCUUUUAUGUAUUCUGAAGUUUGAUCAAUGUAAUGUGUAUUAUAUUCAGUAAGCUUUUUUCAAUAUAUAGAAUUUGGAUUUUUCAAGUA